AUGAGCCAGCGCAAGCGACAAAAGUCGCCAGACGCGGCGGCGAUUGAUGAGGAAGAGAGACAGUAUGCUAUUGGAGGAACCACACUCGAAGAAUUGAACGAGAAGUACCCAAAUCGCCCACGCAAUCAUUCAAAGACGAUGCGCUUUUCGGAACUCUUCCAGAGCCUCUUCAAUCCUUUGAACGAGAACAAGAAGCAACCCGCCGGUCGCGGUCCACCUCGCAGUAAAAAGGGCCCUCACGGACCACACAAGCUAUCGCCGCAGGAACAGAGACGGCACCUCAUUGAGCGCUUUAUUUCCAGAUGGCGAAACGAGGUGGGAAACGACAUCUAUCCGGCUUUGCGACUCAUUUUGCCCGACAAGGACCGGGAUCGCGGCGUCUACGGCUUGAAGGAGAAUGCUAUUGGCAAACUCCUUGUCAAGCUCAUGAAGAUCGACAAGAACUCGGAAGACGGCCACAAUCUCCUUCACUGGAAGUUGCCGGGUCAGACUACUUUCUCUAGACUGGCUGGCGACUUUGCGGGCCGGUGUUUCGAGGUACUUUCCAAGCGACCGAUGCGGACGGAAGUCGGCGACAUGACGAUUGCCGAGGUCAAUGAGUUGUUGGAUAAACUUGCUGCAUCGACGGGAGAGCUGGAGAACCUGGAGGUCUUUGAAAUCUUCUACGAGCGCAUGAAUGCGGAGGAACUUAUGUGGUUGAUCCGCAUCGUGCUCAAGCAGAUGAAGGUCGGCGCGACCGAGCGGACUUUUCUCGAUCUGUGGCAUCCGGACGGCGAGGCCCUGUUUAGCGUGUCGUCGAGUCUGCGACGCGUUUGCUGGGAACUUUUUGAUCCCAGGAUCCGUCUGGAGCAGGAAGAUACGGGUGUCACUCUUAUGGAUUGCUUCCAGCCCCAACUGGCACAGUUCCAGAUGCCAUCCUCUUUCCAGAAGAUGGUCGAUUACCUCCGAACCACGGAGGAAGACCCCGAAUUCUGGAUCGAGGAAAAGUUGGACGGCGAGCGCAUGCAGAUGCACAUAGCCGAAGACCCGAGCGUUCCGGGAGGGCUUCGAUUCUGCUUCUGGUCUCGCAAGGCGAAAGAUUACACCUACCUCUACGGCAACGGAUUGAAAGAUGAGAAGGGAGCUCUGACUCGCCAUCUGGCAGAUGCUUUUUCCGAAGGUGUUCGCAACGUCAUUCUAGAUGGAGAGAUGAUUACUUGGGACCCGGAAGUCGACAAGAUCAUGCCGUUCGGCACCCUCAAAACAGCCGCUCUAGCCGAGCAGAACAACCCCUACAACAACACAGGGCCGCGACCGCUCUACCGCGUCUUCGACAUCCUCCUACUGAACGACCAGCCUCUGACCCAGUACACGCUGCGGGAUCGCCACCGUGCCCUAGAGAAGGCUGUAAAAGGUGUUCAUAGGAGACUGGAGAUCCACGAAUACGAGUCUGCGACAACACCCGACGCCAUCGAGCCGCUCCUCCGCAAAGUCGUCGCCGAGGCAUCGGAGGGCUUGGUACUCAAGAACCCGAGGUCGAUGUACAGACUCAACAGCCGCAAUGACGACUGGCUGAAAGUCAAGCCGGAGUACAUGUCCGAGUUCGGAGAGUCGCUGGAUUGUGUCGUUAUUGGCGGCUACUACGGCUCCGGACACAGAGGUGGGGCCAUCUCCAGUUUCUUGUGCGGCCUGCGUGUCAGCGAAAACCACAUCCAAGCCGGCGCAAACCCCGAGAAGUGUUUCAGCUUCUUCAAGGUCGGUGGUGGCUUUACAGCUGCCGACUAUGCGGAAAUCAGACAUCGGACGGACGGGAAAUGGACCACGUGGGACCCGAAGAAGCCUCCCGUGGAAUACGUCGAGCUCGCCGGCGGCGACCGUCAGUUCGAACGGCCGGAUGUCUGGAUCCGACCCAGCGACUCUGUCGUUGUUGAGGCCAAGGCCGCGAGCAUCGGCAACUCGGACCAGUUCUCCCUCGGCUUCACCCUGCGAUUCCCCCGCUUCCGCAAGCUGAGGACCGACAAGAACUGGGACGAGGGCCUCAGCGUGCAGGAGUUCCUGGACCUACGGCGGCGCGUGGAGGCAGAGGCCAAAGAAAAGACCAUGAGCGUCGAGAACCGCAAGCGCAAGUCUGUCAAGCGCGUCAAGCGCGAGGUCGUCAUCGCCGGAACGGAAAACAUGCCUGCACAGUUCCAGGCAGACAAGUCCAAGGUAUUCGAAGGUCUCGAGUUCUGCGUUCUGUCAGAGUCGUUGAAACCGUUCAAGAAGACAAAGGCGCAGCUCGAGACCCUUAUCAAGGAGAACGGCGGCCAGGUGUCUCAGCGGGCUGUCCCGCAGUCUGGUAUGAUUUUCUUGGCGGACAAGAACGUCGUCAAGGUCGCGAGUCUGGUCAAGGAGGGCCAAAAGGGCAGCGGCGUCGACAUCAUUAGGCCAAAGUGGAUUCAAGACUGUCUUGAACAGGCUGAUGAAUCUCUGCUGCUUCCCUACGAAGAGCGACACUUGCUACAUGCGACGGAAGCUCUCAAGACUGUUGCACUGCAGAACACGGAUAUGUACGGGGACAGCUACGCCCGCGACAUCAGUCUUGUCGAGCUGCGCGAAGUUCUCAAUACAAUGCCGAAGAAGGAGCCUGACACGGAGCCGUUCAACAAGACGCAAUUUCUCAACCAGCUCGAGGAACGUGGCCGCGGGGUGGGUCCGAUGAAGGGCUCCAUGUUCCAUCGUUGCGCCGUUCACUUGAUCAAUGUCGAAGAAGACGACGAGGACGAGAUCAAGAUGUUGAAGCUCAGGAACUAUCUGACCUUUGGCGGCGCACGCUUGAUCAGCGAUGCCGACGACUUGGAGACUACGCACAUGGUUAUGGUAGGAGAUGGCACCCGGCGGAAAGAUGUGGCCGCUGCUUUGCGGGGGGAAGUCAGUCGCAGGCGUAAGGUUCCACAUAUCGUGACUGCGGAAUGGGUCGAAGAUUGCUGGCGGGAGAAGACGUUGCUGGACGAGGAGAAGUAUACGCGAGUAUGA